UUUAUUCAUUUGUCGGACACUGUGAUUUCAAGGUCUACAUUUUAUCGUGCAAGUUCACUUUUAAUCAAACCAACAACCGUUUAACAAAAGUUAGUGGUGUGCAUUAUGACUGAAUGUUCAUCCUGGUCCUUUCUUGCCACAGCAGUUUUACUCUGACGCCACGCUUGCUUUCACUGCACUUUCACUUUUCCCUCAUCCGUCUUUGGCAUCGAGUCCAGAACACCGUUGGCGGCGUAUCCACGCUCACGCCCCCUUCAGGCUCGAUUUCUCAAGAGGAAGGACGGAUCUGCCACUGUCUUUCCUUCACAUUCAAUGCUUUCUUCCCCCACCGCCCCCUCUUUCAAGCCGCCCGUCUGAGAGCAGAGAUCUACACAGCAGCUGUGGGACGCCUGGAGUUGAGCGCAGGGGUCAACGACUCGCAGCUAUUCAACUCGAACGCCGCAGCUCGGAGAGAAAGAGUGGAAUUCCUUCAGCCGUUGAGGAAACAUGCUGUGUUUUUCUCUCAACGCUCUUUCGCUUUCAUUUCUUGCCUGCUCCACCGUUGCAGAACAAGCAGGCAGGGUAGUUGUGGAGUUGCUAAACAGUGAACCUCUACCCCUUCACCCCCAGAGCCAUGCAUAGCAAGAACCAGAGGAGACACGGCUCGCCCAGUAGCUCCAGAGCCCCGCUGGUUCCCGUCAAGGCAAAGAUGCCGGUGGGUCACGUUGAAGUUGAGGCUUUGCCCUUCCGGGUUCCUCGUGACUAUCCUCACUCUCGCUUUAACAAGGCACCGCUGGCUGUGUAUCCACCUAAGGGAGCCCGAGCCAAAGCUUGUGUGUCCUUACCUGUGGUGAGUCUGGAAAAGAUGCCAUGUUUCAACAGACCGGAGGGCGUGCACAUCAAAGUCAACUCCGCAUCUCCCUCCGCGGGAUCUUCUCUGGCUUUCUCUUCUUCGUCUUCCUCUCCGUCGUCCACUUCUCUCAAGUCCUCCUUGACACCACCAGCAUCUCACAAGAACCAGGAAAAGCUUCUGAACGGACGAGGCCCGGUGACUCCUCACGCGACCACGCCUCCGUCAUUGAUUGACGGACGACCCAGCCCCUCACGCUCGCCGAUGGAGAAACGGCCCGCCCCUUCAGCCUCCAUAUCGCCAUCCUUACUGGACAGGAGACUUUUAGCCCCUCCCUCUCCCCCAGAAAGGAAGCAUCAGAAUGGAGCUAAGGGUGCGAAGCACAGAAGAGUUUCAGGGAGAAUCUUUGAUCCUAAUAAACACUGUGGAGUUUUGGACCCAGAGACAAAGCGGCCGUGCACUCGAUCGUUAACCUGUAAGACUCACUCUCUUACCCAUCGCCGAGCGGUCCAGGGGCGGAAAACAGCAUUUGACAUUUUGCUUGCCGAGCAUAAAGGACGGGCGAAAGAGAAAGAGCCGGUGCAAAAAAAGGAAGUUCAAUCAGUACAAGUGACACAAUCACACGACACUGCACCCAGCCUGUCUGCAGGCUGUACCAAUGGCAAGACCACACCCACUCUCAAACUGAGGCUGCCCAGUGCUCACACAAACAGAGUAUCUGGUAAUGGAGGUGCUGUGACUCUCAGCUCUGCUCCCGCUGCUGCUCCUGAACCUCCACCCAGCUGGCAGAAGAUCGGUGGAGACGUGCGGUUGUCCAGUGACGAGGGAGAGAUCGACCCUCACGAGGAGACCGAGAAACCACUGUGCCACUAUACACCGCACCACCCGCGACCCUUGAGUUGCUGUGCGUUCAGCAGUCGUUUGAUGGGUAGAGGUCACUAUGUGUUUGACCGACGGUGGGAUCGGGUGAGACUGGCACUGCACUGCAUGGUGGAGAAACACGUCAACUCACUUAUGUGGAGGAAAGUCCCUCUAGUGGUGGAGAGUAUGACAGGCCCGACUGAAGCGUCCCCACUCGGCUCUUCGUUCCUGCCCAACCACACGCUCACGGCCGCUAUGGACGGAGUAUCCAUGGCCUCAUACUCCACCUCUUACUCCCACAACGGCGCCGGGGUGUUCUGCAUCAGGGACCGGGAGCCCGGCCCCAAAAUGCAGCGGACUAAACCGGCCAAAGCUUCGGGGGAAGGCCCAGGACCCAAAAAGCGGAAGCCACCUUCCAUAUCCGAGUCAGGGGCUGCCCGGAAAGGUGGGAACAGCUACAAUCUACCGCACAUCAGUAACGGCGCGGCAGCCCUAAGCGCCAGGUCCAAACCUCGACCCGGACAGAGCGAGGACAGGUACGGCGGGGCAGAGUUCAUAGGAGUUCACGGAGGCGUCUCGUCACACAGCUCACUGACAUACGGCUUCUCUGACGACCGGAAACGGAAAGGUCCCGGACCGAGCGCUGACUGUGACCAACCCAGCAAAACAUCCAAAUCGGCGGUCUUGGAUGCCAUCUUCAGGAAAAGCGGCCUGCUGUCGUCAGUUGCUGAUGCGUCUCACAGCGCCCCCUCCAAACAGCCCAAGGUACCUCACUGAUGCUGUGGACUGUUUGAGGGUCUCUGUGAAUCUGGAGAUCAUGAUGUCUGGAGAUCAGCACUAAGACUUAGCACUGUGUCUGUCCUGCCUUCAUCCCCACAGCUGCCUCUCCUCAUUCUGGUUGAGUUUUAUCGUUUGCUUUUCAGUUCAUAAAGCGCUUCUUUAAUUUUUAAAGGAUUAGACUCAUCAUUACCUUUGAAAGACAAUAUUUCACAAACUUCAGUUUCACGUGGAUUCAGAUUUUGUUUUGUAAUAGCCAACGUAAGAAACAUGUUUUCGACAUAGCGACAGAUGGAUGGAGUUUAAUUUUAUUUGCAUUCGAAUGAGGAUUCUGUUCAGAGCAAGCUGGACAGACGUAAUAUCUCUGGAGGAGGAAAACCCUUUGUCAAUAUCAAGUGCACUUAAUUCAUGCCUGAACUACACAACAGGAGAAAGAGUUUUAACUAAGGGAAAAUUUUACAGAGACGCUUGUAUUUUUCUAAAAUGAAUGAAUUCAGGUUUUUGAAUACUUUGUUUUAUUCGUGGAAUCCAGAAGUCAAGAGUGUAAAGUGACUUGCUUACCGUCAUGAAUUUUGUAUAAUAAUUUAUCGUUCUUUAUUAAUUUUCUAACUGACCGGAUUAGUGCUUCACAUGUUAAGCAGAAUUAUAUUUGCAUUGCCAUUUUGAAAGUUGAAAGUAUUAUAUUGGAGACCCUAUUGUUGGAAAUGUAUGUACAUAUCUUUUAUUAUAUAUAUAUUUUUUUGUAUUUAUUGUUAGUGUCUCUUAGAGGUCAACAACAUUUUUUGUGGUUGUAUCUUCCUUUAGUCAUAUGUGUCAUUAUCAGAAACUUAAAGGAAAACACCACAGUUUUUCAAUAUUUUACUAUGUUCUAACGUCAACUUAGUCAAAUUAAUACAUACCUAUUUUUUUCAAUG